AUGUCGACCAGCGCCCAAGAUGCAGCGACACCUCCGGGCGCCAUCCGUGACCCGCCCUCUCUGCAGAUUCCCUCCUCUUCCCAUGAUUCGGGCCCAUACUACACACCCACCGAUCUUUCGACCCUGAAUGCCGACGUCAGCGCGUCCGAUUACUUCAUGGCCGAGGAAGACGCGCGGGGCGCCGACCCCCCGAAUGACAUUUCCCACGAUGACGCCGCAAUUCAUGAACAUCAUAACACGAGCGGCGCACAGGGUUUGACCGCAUCUUCCGCCUCGACACAGGCAACGCCGAACAACGACUCUACGGCCGACGCGCCUGCGACCGGGGGGUCUGAAGCCGCGACCGAAAUUGAAGCCCAGUCGACAGAGGCGCAAACAGAAGAUGAGACUGGACAUCGUGGUGAACCCGCGAUUACGGUUGAUCAAUGGCAUGGGGAGGACGAUACGGGGUUUCUCCCGCCUUUGAUGGACCACGACGAUAUUAGUCUCCUGCAAUCGAGUGAGAACGGCGAUCAUGAGCGCGAGCGCGUGAAUAAUCAGACCUUGAUGGAGGAGCAUGAAAUGCGCCGGAAGCUGAUGGACAUGGAGUCGAGCUUUCUACCUGAACCAUCGACGAUCAAUGUCGCACCGAAUACGAGAAAUGCCGGCGCUGACGACACAUAUCUGGUCGGCAUGGGCGGCUACGAUGCUGAUAUGACCCAAUCUUCUGCAUUUUCUUUUAUCCCGCCAUCGGAGAGCUACCCGGAGACCGAGCACGAGCAUGAAGGUAACGAAGAGGGGGCAGACUUCACAGAAGGCACGAAUCAACCUCAACCCUCUGGGCCAGACACAACGUUCGAUUCGUUUGCGUCUUCACCAUCAGCGGCGGCUAUGCUUAGGAGCUUACGGCGUGAUCAACAGUUGCAGACUCCCGCUGAGCAUGGCUUGCUUUCUCCAGACGAGGAGCCAUUCCAGACGCCGUUCUCUCCCCUCGAGGGCGAAUCGCAGUUGACGCCUUCAAAGCUACGCACCUCAUCACGGAGUCUUUCGCCGGGCCACUCGAGGAUAUUUGGUGAUCAGAGCACGAGCGCAACGGAAAGCCGAAAAGGUGGCAGUCGUCCAAAGUAUUUGACCAGCCGCCAAUCCUCUCAGCGACUCUCACGUUCCUCGAUCGCCAGCGGUACCACCGACACAAGCCAGAGCGACGCGACACUGGGUGCCGAUUUCGCGCUGCAAACGGGCGGUGCAGUGCCGGAACAAUGGAAUGGUCUGAAUACCGGCCCGCGCGGAAACAUGUUGCGAACGACGAGCCUCGGCAGCAUGGCUUCCGGUAUAUCAGGUUUCAGCGAGGAGAAUCUACUGGACCGACGGGCGGCUGUUGGCCCCGGUGAAGGUGGCUUGCAAACGCUCGAGGAGGAAAGCUCGCCUCGAUCACCUCGACAAGCAGCAGCUUUGGAUGAUGCAAAUGCCCCUGAGACUCCUCGAGCGAGACCGCAAGACAAUCUACCUACCGACACUGUUAUUACGGAACGUGUCAAGGGAAUCCAAGUUCCUACAUCUUUCGCUCAACGAUUUCGAGAUGACUUUGGUCACACAGGCCCUUCCACUGAAAAAAGACCGGGAGCUUCCACGUCUGCAUUUGGACGAAGCGGCCGUACGAUGACCCUCAAAGAACAAAGUAGCACGAUCGACCGACUGUCGAAGGAGAACUUUGACUUGAAAAUGCGCAUCCAUUUCCUGAAUGAGGCCUUGAACAAGCGAUCUGAAGAGGGCAUCAAGGAAAUGAUUUCCGAAAAUGUGGAGCUCAAGUCAGACAAGCUGAAACUGCAGAAAGACAACCAAGGGUUGAAACGGAAAGUCCGCGACCUGGAAAAGCAGCUCAAGGACCAUCAGUCAGACAAGGCGUCUAUGGUCAAUCAUGACCCCGAAGUGUCUGAGGACGAUCGCGAGUCUGCGCAAGAUGAAGAACUUGUCUACCUACGCGAGCGUGUUGAGACUUAUGAGCUUGAGAUUGAGCGUAUGCGGUCCGAAAAUAUUGCUCGUGAGAGCGAGAAAAGACGAUUAGCUGAGAUGGUCAAGUCCUUGAGUGAGACUCGGAGUGGCGGUUCUGAUACUGGUGCUCGAGAAGAGAGGGACAUGUGGAAGGACAUGUUGGAGGCAGAAAGCGCUGCUCGUGAACAAGCGGAGGAGGAGAAUCGUAUGCUGCGAGAAGAGUCUAUGCGCCUUAAGAGUGAGCUAUACACGACGACUACAUCCCUGAAACCGACACAGCGCGAACGCGGUGCAUCAAACGUGUCGUACAACUCCAUAUCUGAGCGAGACGGUCUUCGCGGAGCAUUGAGGAGCACUUCCAGCAGCACACUUGUCGUCGAACUGGAACUUUUAAAGCAAGAAAAUGCCGAAUUGCGAAAGGAAGUGAGUGCGCAAACAUCGAUGCUCACGUCACGCAAUCGAGAGAAGGAGCGUCUCUACCAAGAAAUCGAAGAGCUCAAGCUGGGUCACGGGCGUGAUGGUAGCCGUUCCGUGGCUGGAGACAGCAUACUUGAUCGCUCGGCUUCUCGUGCCCAGAUGCGUACUGGUUCUGAAGUGAGCGAUGGAGCUGGUUUGCGUGACAACAUGGAUCGUGAAGAGCUGGAAGCUCGCAAUGGCCAACUGCGCGAUCACGUGUCAACUCUCAAGCUCGAGAACCAGAAUCUCCGUGAACAAUUGGAUGAGCACAUUCGAGAAUUCGAAGCGCUUGACAAGGCCUACCAGGCCGAUGUUGAUCAAGCGGAGGAGGAUAUUAUAAAUCUCCAGAACGAGCGUGAUCAGGCCAUGCAAAUGGCAGAUGAACGAGACGCUGCAUUCCAGGAUCUGCGAGCAGAGGCGCAAGAGGAGCUGGAUGCUCUUGGCGAAGAGCUUGAUCAGAAGAUCAUGGAAUGUCAGCGACUGGGCGAGGACUUGCGAAAUCAAGAUGAAAGCUUGAAGGUCCUCCAGGCUGAGAUGCGCUCAGCCAGUGAGGGAAUCAUCCGACUGGAGGAGGAUGCGCAAAAUAACCUGCAGCGUUACAAAGCGGUGCAUCAAGAACUGGAAGAUGCCAAUCAAGAGAUGGACUCGCUUGAGAAGAGUCUCUUCGAAGCCAACUCGAAGGUGCAACGGCUGACGGUGCAGAUUGAAUCGAGUCAGAACGAAAUUGCGUUCCUUCGAGAGGAACAAGAUGGCGACAAGAUCCGGAUCGGCGAUCUUGAGUCGGAGCUCAAGACGUACCAGAUGAGCUUGCACAGUGAGAAAGAGAAGACUCGGGAAUUGGAGCAACGUCUGGCAGAGGAGCGUCAUCAGCGUGAAGUGGUCGGCAGUAAAGAAAAGCAGGAAGUACAGCGAAUUAUGAAUGACCUGAAUAGGGAAGCCUCGUCUGCCAAGGAAGAGGCCCGUCGUUUGAGAAAGAGCCUUUCUGCCCAGGAGAUUGAGACGAACACCUGGCGCGAGCGCCUCACGGAUCUGGAGAAUAACCUGCGAGAGACUUUGGGCGACUUGAAUGGCAGUCGAUCAAGCCUGAUCACCAACAUUACGAAGUUGCAGAAAGAGCUGGAAUCGACUGCACUGGAGUUGGAAAGUGUUCGGCAACAGCUCGACGAGAAGGAAUCUCUGCUCCGGAAUCGCGACGCCCUUCUAGAGAGUACUGGUCUGGAAUCGCGCAAGCUCUCUGAACUGCUCGAUCGUGAGCGACAGGCUCGCCGCGCUGAUAAGCAGUCAUUUGAGCAGUCUUUGAAGAAUCACCAGCAGGCAUCGCGAACCAUUACCCAGAGCAACUCUCGCAUCAGUGAACUUGAAAAUGCUCGUAAUGCGGACCGGAAGCGCUUCACUGCUCUUGAACAACAAUUCCGGGAACAACUCAGCGAGCGCAAUGCUCUGUUCCUCACGAUCUGGAAGCGCCUGUCGACGAUCUGUGGUCCAGAUUGGGCACACUCAAAUAGCCUCAUCAACGGCAACCUGCCCAGUCAGGAAGUCAUUGGAAAUAUGCUCUUCUGGCCGGGUUUUAGCCGGAAUCUGGUUCUGAGCAUCAAGACCGUGGAGGGAGUCAUUGCGGGCUUCAAGACUCGCAUCAAGAGCCUGGACCAUGACUUUACCAAGCAAUACCAGAAUCUUGAGAAUUCCUUUGCUCAGCGGGUUCGUCGGCUUGAACGCAUCGAGGAAGCUGUCAAGAACCUGCGCAAUGGACGAGGGUAUUCCGGAUCUUCGUCUGAGGCUGUCAAGCUGCGCGGUGAGAAUCGUCUAUUGAAGGCCGAGCUCAAUCUCCUACAGUCAAACUCACGCACUCAUGGAUCCGGCUCCGCUGCCAAUGCGGCUGCCGUCAUGGCAAGCGGACCGCGUUCCCCAUCUCUCGCGUCCACUGCAGAUGCUGAGCGUGCAUCGCUCACCCGUCAUCACUCCACUCCAGCAGGUGGUGAUCACUCAAGCCCCGGGCGAGCUCUCAUGCGCAGCUCUACUGGGAUUCCACAGCCAUCGCAGUUUUCGUCCAGUAGCACAUUGACAAGUAACAACAACAACAAAAACAACGCUGCUGGUGCAGUUGUACCUCGCUCACGGAGCGGAGCUGGCAGCUGGGAGGGCAGUGACGAGAAGUGGAUUCUUCGCCUGCACGCGCUUGAGAAAGGGUUGAAAGCCGAGCGAGAAGCUCGACUACUCGACCGUAGUGGGGCACGCAAACGUCUUGAAGAGCGCGAUGCUGAAAACCAGCGUCUGCGAGAUCAGCUGCAACGUAUGCGUGUGCGACAAGCCCCGUCGAGCACGAAAACAAUCACGAACAACAGCAGUCGCGGUCGCGUACCUACUUCGGAUGAAGGGCCAAGCUCGAGUGAAGGCGAGGGCAUCAUCGUUGAUAUUGAAGUGUGA